AUGACCUCCCACAACCAAGCAUUCCUCGCGCAGAACCUCUUCAACGUCGAAGGCUGGACCUGCGUCGUCACCGGCGGCGGCACGGGCAUCGGCCUCAUGAUCGCGCAGGCCUUUGCCAACAAUGGCGCCCGCGUCUUCAUCACCGGCCGCCGCAAGGAGGUCAUUGAGAACACCGCCCAGAAGUGGGGAUCCGCGCUUGCGCACCCGAAAGGCGCGAUCAUCCCCGUGCAGUGCGACAACAAUGACAAGGCGUCGAUUUUGGAGCUCGUGGAGGCGGUGAAGAAGGAGAGCAAGUCCGUGGACGUGCUGGUGAAUAACGCGGGCGUGUCCGAGGGAACGAGCACGGUGGAGAAGGGCGACGAGAGCGCGGAGGCGCUUUCGAAGGAGUUGUUCUCGGAGGAGAUCUCGCAGUGGGAAAAUGUGUAUCGGACGAAUGUUAUCGGCCACUUCUUCACCUCCGCCGCCUUUAUCCCCCUGCUCAGCGCCGCCAACCGUUCCGGACACACCGGCACCAUCAUCAACAUCUCCUCCAUGUCCGGCAUUACGCGCACCUCGCAGCAUCACUUCAAGUACAACGUCUCCAAGGCCGCCGACAUCCACCUCACCACGCUUCUCGCACAAGAGCUCCGCAGGAAGGCGGUCAACGUCCGCGUAAACAGUAUCGCGCCAGGGAUCUUUCCUUCUGAGAUGACGACGCAAGAAUCGGACGAGCUGAACAAGUCCGAGAUCCCCGUUGACGAGUCGUACGGCGAGAAGAAAGGCAUUCCGGCAGGCCGUCCAGGUGCGGAUGAGGACAUGGCGAAGGCGGCGCUAGUCCUCGCGUGCAAUCAGUACGCGUACGGCCAGACCUUCUGCAUCGACGGCGGCUACCUCCUGGAGCAUCCGUAA